AUGCCCCUCUCUCGUAAAAAGUCGUGCGUCCGCUGCAGGGAAGCAAAGACGCGCUGUAACCAGGUCCUCCCGACCUGCUCCCGGUGCCUCGACAAGAAUGCGCGGUGCGUCUACGAGUCCGAACGUCUCGCCCCUUACCCUCAGGCAAGCCCUCGCCCUGCACAGCGUCUGCAGACUCCGAACAGGCUCCAUUCGGGCCCCAUCGAUGGGAUCUCCCCCGGUGACAUAUUCCCGACCGGAGAGCCCUCUCCCCCGCCGGCGUGGAUCUCGGCAACUGGCGUGCUGCAUGCUGAACUGAACGAGCCCAGCCCGCCCAGCAGCAUACCCCUGGACAUCAUAAAGGAGGUCGAGCAGAACGUCAACGAGGAUCUCUGGCUGCUUGAGCAGGCCGACAAUGCCCGGAAGCAGAAGAACAUGCAGCUCGUGACCGCGCCGGACAGUGCUCUACUAGGCAAGGCGUACUCCCGACGCAGGAUAGGUGGCCAGGACGUGCUGGCGUCGGUUGUCCUUGGGCAGCUCAAGAGCUACCCGCGGAUGCUCAUAGAGGGAGAUAAGCUCCCUCCGUUCAUACAUCCGCGGUGCUAUUUGGACGAGGAGCUAGCCCCCGCCUGCCGUGUCAGUGGGCGACACGUGUGCUUUUCCACGGAGCUGUCGAUAUGUGUGAGUUUGGUGCAGAUGUUUUACUCGAAGAGUUCGAAGAAUUCCGAAUUUGUGUGGAAGACGAUACACGAUGAAGGGGAGAGGAUUGUACAACAGUUCGCGUCUUUUACUAGUCAGCAGCAGCUUGAGGGUCUGCAGUCGGUAGUGAUCCUCUUGCUCCUACAAGCCGAGGACCCAGCGUCUGUCGAGAAAACUGGAGGUUUGGACUUGUGGGGCAACUCGUUCGGUAUCACUUAUGGCGCUCUGAGCCGGAAAACGAGCGACCUCGAAGGGCGGAUUGGAUUUGGAGAGAGAGUAUUCGAAGGCAAGACUGCUUUAGUUCUAAGCGUUGUUGAUUUUUUGGUUGAGGGCAUGAUAGGACCGGGCGGAUCCACGUGCAGGGCAAGCGAGACGUUCCAAAUAUCAACGCUCCCUUGUGGUCGUGAUUUAUGGGAAGCGCGAAGUACGAGAGUAUGGAUGGAUGCCUAUGAUUCUCUCAUCAACAACGAGGGCAAACACCCAUUUCUUAAAGUCCAAGACUUGAUAGUGUCGACUGGCGAGGGGGAGUGGUUGAUAUCCGCUGAGAGUUCUCAUGGCGAGCAAGACAAGCAAUUUGCCAUCAUGAGGUGGUGUGAAAACAUGGAAUCUCUCGGGAAGCUCAUCUGGAUGUCCUUGCCCUUACACCUGUCAAUUGUCAAGCACGAGGCUCGCACGAUUAUCUCAAGAGGAUAA